UUAGGAUAUCUGUACUAUCUGCUGCUGGAAGAGAAAGCAGAUUAUAACUAAUGCUGAUCGCAGGGUCCUGUUGCACUGAGCUGCAGUAAAGUGAAGUCUAGUUGUGGGCUUCAUUCCCUGGGCUCACAUUGAGAUUGCUUUGUGAUGUCAUUGUAAAAACUUUAACUUGUCAAAAGUUAUGAUGAGUCGGGGUCUUUGGGACCAAUCGGCAGAACAAGCCAGGACAAUUGUGUACUUACAGGGGUAUCCUGCCAAAAAAAUGAUACCCUAUCCCCAAGGCAGGGCAGUAUUUCCCAACCAGGCUUUGGCUGUCCAAGCUUGCUGGGAGUUGUAGUUUUGUCAACAGCUGGAGGCUUCCUGGUUGGGAAACACUGAGCUGGUGCAGUAGAAAGUUAUGGGCAUUGUCUAUGCUAGGGCUGGAGAUAGCAAAGUACAGAAUUUGUGUAUCUUCAGCGCUCCCAUAGACCAUACAUGGAUUACGUCCUGUCACACGAUUGGAUGCUUAUCCCCUAUUCUGUAGAUAGGCGAUAGUUUUUAGUAUUUUUACUGGAAAGGCCCCUCAAAGCUUCACUCCCUGGCUUUCUACGAUCUCUGUCCUGUGGCCCCUUUAGGAACAAGGCGGGGUCCGAGGAUGCCCACGGCAUUAGAAAAUUAAGGGCUAAAAUGGGGGAGAGUAAAUCUAUGAUCCAACAUAAGAGAGCCCUCUGUAAUGAUGAUGAAGAAGAACCAAACUGCAAAAAAAGAAGAGAUGAGAUUGAUAGGAGCCAAGAAGCCACCAAUGGUUUAGACCUACAAAGGGCCCAGAAAGCGCCCAGAUUGUCUCCUGCAUUAUUCUGUGACAACUGUGAAAUUCCACACCUACAGUUACACCAACUGUUGAAGUAUGCAGUCAUUGGAAAAAAAGGCAAGGCCACACAGGCAAGCUGGUGUAGUAUUCACCAUCAGAAGCGUCUCCGAAGGGUUGUGUUGGUUGUGCUGCAGGAUUUUGCUCAGCAUCAUUUCUACCAGUAUUAUUUACACUUCCAGUUUCUCAGGAGAUUGUUCAGACAUAGAUUCAGCCUGCCACCUACCCCCAGCGAUAUUAUUGCUUCUAUUAUUGGGUUAAAUGAUCUUAAAGUUCAAGCCCAGAAGGAGAAGAUCAAUGGUGAGCACAGUACAGAAGGUUCUACGGAUCAGAAGUGUGAUUGCCUUGCAGUACCAGAGUCUUGUGACCCCAUCCUACAAAAAUAUGGAAGGAAAAAGCAUGGCCUGACCAGGUAUCUACUCACUGAGGAACAGAUGAGGAAAUAUGAGUACCCACUUGUAGGCUCAUCUGAUACACAAAAUUAUGUUCAUACCAAUUGCAUCAAGGAACCCACUGACAGCAGCCCUCUGUUUGGUCUGGAUUGUGAAAUGUGUUUGACCUGUAAAGGGAAUGAGCUGACCAGAGUGUCUUUAGUGGAUGCCCAAGGCCAGUGUAUUAUGAAUGAGCUUGUGAAGCCAGACAAUCCCAUUAUAAACUACAUGACCAGGUUUUCGGGGAUUACAAGAAAGAUGCUUUUCCGGGUAAAUACAAAGCUAAAGGAUGUCCAAGAAAAAUUAAAAAGUCUCCUUCCUCCAGAUGCCGUCUUGGUGGGUCACUCUUUAAAUUGUGACCUUCAAGCUCUGCAGAUGAUACAUCCAAAUGUUAUUGACACAUCACUACUUUUUACACGGAACUUGGAAAGGAGGUUUAGAUUGAAGUUCUUGGCACAAGUGAUUUUAAAGAGAGAGAUUCAGUCCACAGAUGCUGUUGGCCAUGACUCCACAGAAGAUGCUACAGCUGCUUUGAACUUGGCUCAGUAUUUCAUUGAGCAUGGACCCGAAAAGGUCGCAGAUAUUAAUAUGGAGGAUAUUUUCCGACAAGAAAAUUGCCUGCAUAGUAGACUAAGCACUCCUAAAUCCCCUAAGAAUGGGUUUCCUCAUUCCCCCCUGCCAUCAAAAGGACCUAGUUUUCUAGAAGAGUUGGAUAAGGCAGUCCAGAAGAUUGCUUAUGUGUCCAGAGUGGGAUUGAAAGACCCUGUGCCUUCAAGUCACUUUGAGGCCUUUUUAUGUACUUCAGAUGAAGAAGUCCUCCGGAGAGCGUGCAGCAUCAUUCCCCAGUCUCCAUUCAGCAUUGUAAAUUUCCAGGAUGGAAGCAUUUCCAAUACGUGCCUUCUAGGCACCAAUGCCAAAGUAAACUGCAAGUUUGCAGAUAUGAUGACAAUAUUUGCAGGACCCUUUAAGAGCGGUAUGUGCCUGAAGUCUGUGAAGAUACAGUUUGAGAGUUGUGGUCCUAUCCACUCACUGAGUACUAUAUCAGAGACUCAACAGCCUUAUAUCUGCAUAAAGUACAGCGUCCCAGAAGCUGCACAACUUGCCGUGGAACUUCUAAAUGGCUCAUGUAUUGAUGGAUGUCAUAUUAAGGUUCAGAGGAUGAUUACACAGCAAACCCUUGACCAUGAAGACAUUUUCAAGGAAAUGGAAGAUGAUCCAGAAAAUAAAAACACAAUCUAUGUCUCUGGAUUUGAAAGACCCUUGACGGAGGAAUUUCUUCAGCAGCAGUUUCAACAUUUUAAGGAAAUUAAAUCUGUAUUUGUGCCAACCAAUCCAAGGAGUCAGCAGCCUGUAAAGUACUGUUACCUAAAAUUUCACAGCCCUGAUGCCGCUGCUGCAGCUAUUGAACAUAUGCGAACACAUGGCGGUCUGAGGAUUAGGAAAGCCAUUACCUCCACUCACUUGCAUCGCUGGCUACAAGCAGCUGUGAACUGUGUUCCUCCACACAAACAUUGUAACCAAGAAGUUGCGCCUGAGGAGCACAGCAAGAUUAUAAGGGAUUUGGACAGGAAAAUUGAACAGCUUUAUGAGAGCACUCCAGAAAACUCCCUGUGUGUCAUCCUCUUUACUGGAAACAAUAGCAGCAGUGGAUCUCUUCCAGGAUUCGGGUUGAUGGGGAUAAAGUGCUGACCACAUCAAUGAAUCACCAGCAUUUUUAUCAAUACUUAAUGUACAAAACAUUUUACCAGUUCUGUUAUUUUAAUAAUAAUAAAACAGCUGUCAGA